AUGAUUAUGUUGAUGAUGAUUUGUGUGAUAUUCACUCAAGAAACAUUGAGGGAAAUCAACUUAAAUGAAAUUGUUCAAGACAACACAUUUCAAUUUGCUAAUAAGGUAUAUAGAUUGAAGGUUGCCAAUAGAGAUGAUUUGAAGCAUCAAUAACUAGCCUUAUCUCUAUUUUCACAUUAGGAGACCCUAAAAGUCUAUAUUAAUUGUGACACACACCCAACAUUCUUAGAUUAAUAUUAAUGGCAAUUCGAAUACACUUUUUAACUAAAUAUCUCAUAUUUAGAAAGAAAUUUUAGAGAGUGUUCAGAUCUUCUUUUCUAUAUAGCAAUUCUUUCAGAAUCAUCUUCCAACUACGAAUUUAUAGUUUAUCCUUUGGAUGGAAUUCAUUCUUUAGAAUACAACCUUCCUCUGAUGUAAUUAUACUUUGAUUAAAUAAAGUGGAGAAUUUUCAAGCUACAACCAACUUAUUUUCAAGAGGAGAUUACUAUAGAAAUUUAAGCAGAUACAACAUUAAAAUAUCUUAAAAAGUGUUCUAGGGAGCAAUGCUUCAUUACAUAGCUUGAUUAUAAAAAUACACAAUAUGGAAUAUUUAUCGAAAAAGAAACCUAUACAUUUAGGAACUCUGUUAAUCUAUUCGGUUAUUAUGUGCUAGGUUUAUUAAGUGAAUUUAAAUAAUUCUUUAGAAUAAUAAUAUUUAACCAACAAUCUCAUAUCAAAUUAAAAGAAGGUCAUUAUGAUUUAUUUCAAGUGGAUCAAGGAUCAUCGAUCUACUAUAUCUAUAACACAUCUGAUUUAACAAAUAUAAAAAAGAUAAAAUUUCAAUUAAGCUAAAUAACUGGUAACUGCAUACUCUACGCAAGUUCAUAAAACAAAUUUCCCAGUUAGAGGGAUUAUGAAUUUGAAGGCAAUCAUCAAAUAACAACUAACCAAACUUCAGCCCAUUUUUUGAGCGUAUAUGGAAUAUCUUUCUGUAAAUACCACAUAAAUGUAACAGUGGAAAGAAAAUAGACUAUUCAACAAACUCAAUUCAUUUAAUUAUCAAACGGAAUUUUUCAUUUGCAUUAAUAAUAAGAACUCUAUAGUUUCUUUAAAAUUUAAUUGGAAAUUUAAGCCAACUUCUCUAUUUAUCUAUCAAGUAAUAUGGGUGAUUUCAUGAUGUAUGUAAAAGCAAAAUCAUCCAAAGCUGAGAUACCAGAUAGUAAUUCAUUUGAAUGGAAGGACUCUAUACAAAUUGACAUAAAUAUAGACAAGGAUAAUUAGGCAAGUACUUAUUAUAUAGGUGUUUAACGUUUGAAUUCUGAAGGAGAAUUUGUAAUAGAGUACACAUUACAUUAAAAAAUUCAAUAUUAUGAUUUUGGUGAAAAGAUAAUUGAUUCUGUAAAUGAAAAUUAAGUUAAGUAUUAUAAAUUGCCGAUGUCGGAGAGAGACUAACUUUUCACUAAGGAUAUUUACAUAGACAACGAAAUAAAUAAUUUGAUCAUCUAUAUAUCUUUAAAUCAAACCAAUACAUAUCCAAAAGAGAACUUAAACACUUAUGUUUUUACUGAUUCAACUUUGACAAUACCUCAAUAAGAACUAAGAUGUCGUAGUUGUUAAGAUCUGAAAAAGUCCAAAUGUUUUAUAUAUAUGUCUGUUACUUCAGCGAAGGGACUCCUCUUCUACACUAUCACUUCUCAAUACCUAUAUCAUAAGAUCUAAUUGCAUGAAGGAUGUCCUUUGAUUCUAAACUUCAAAUAACAAAUGCUGUUCUAUUAUAUCUUAAGUGAAAAGGAAGUGUCAGUAUAAUGGUUCUCCUAUGGCGGUAGUCAGGCCGAGUUACUAGCUUAUUUGGGCUACCUCAAUAACUCCAUCUACUAAUAAGAAUAGUUUAGAUCUUAAUAAUAUAAUAGUAAUUCGUAUCAAACAAUCAUAAUUCCAGAGAAUAACCAAGAAUAUAUUUUGUAUAUUUAAGUUCAACCCUACGAUAAGCAUAUUGAAGAUGAUAAAUAUUCAAUUGGAGUUUAUGAAACAGUUAAGACUAUAACUCCAAUAGAUAAAAUACAAGAUAAAGUGGGAUUAGGAUAAAUAAAAUACUAUAUGUUGAAGAUAGAUUAGAACGUCAAAUCAAUAAUUAUUAAAGUUCAAGUAUUAGGAAGACAAAAUUCCAUAGUGGUGCUUUUCCAAUAAGAUAAGAAUAGUAGACCAAACAUUUUAAAUAACUCCAUAUAAAUAUAAUUAUUGAUUGAUUAAUUCUAUAUCUUUCAAGCUAAAUAAAACUAUUUUGCAUAAGAUUACUAUAUAAUAGGCAUACAGGGGGAAGAGGAUUGCGAAUUUCAAUUAAGUUAUUAAGCAGAAACCAUAGAAUUUGUACUCUUUCCGUCUGGAAUUCUCCCUCUAGACAUAUCAGAAGCAGGUCUCCCAACUAUAUAUCUCUAUAAACAACUGUCGGCAUUUAAAAUUACACUAGCAUUGUUUACUGGCAGACUCUAAAUCAGAGUUUAGCUUUUCCAUACUCGAAUACACACACUUGACUUUACAGGAUCCUUCAUUUUGGAUGAUAUUGUUUAAGAAUAUAAAUUGUAUAAAUUUGAUGCUUGUUCUUAAGAAUAAUGUUAAUAUCUAAUUAAGCUUAUUAAUUUGGACUAACUGACUUAAGGAGCUGUUUAAAUCUAACAAAAUUAAUAAGUAAAUUAGUUAUAUGAGUUAUAUGAAAAUAUACCUCAAUUUGAAGUCAUGAAAUAAAACGAGAUUGUCGAAUACAUAUUUAAAUCUUAAAAAUAAUUUUUUAUCAAGUUCAGUGAUAUUUUUGGGUAAUUUUAAGUUACUGUUAAAGAAAAUCAUAAUAAUUAUUCGGAAUAUGUAGAAAUCGUUUAAAGUAGGACAACUAUUGAAUUUAAUAAGUAUGCAGAUAAAUUUGAAACAUUUUUUAUAAAAAUUGAAUGUCUGACACCUAAAGUAAGUUUUUAAAUAUUAAUAAGCCGAAAGACUUAAAAAAUACAUACUCUUUUUUUGGGUAAGAUAUUAAAUCUAUAAUUGGGUAUGUAAGAAUAAUAUCAAUUACGCUAUUAAUCUUUAUCGACAUUAUACGAUGCAAAUUCAUCUUCAAAGUUGCUAACAUUGUAAAUUUCGACUCCCUUCUUCCCUAUUGAACAAUAUAACAUUUCAAUUAAUCAUUCAAGUGUAAACCCAAUAGUGCAAUCUGUAAUAAAAUUUAAGAGAGGAAUCUAUUAUAAAUUAUAUGAAGCAUUUGGUAAGUAUGAUCUAAAUAUUGCUCCAUAACCACACGAUUCACACCUAAGGGUACUCUUAUCAGAUGAUGAUAUCAAUAGCUUGAUGGAAGGCGUUCCAUAAUAUUAAAUCACUAAAGUAGGAUAGCCUAACUUUUACCAAAUAUUUGUCGAUAGUAAUGCUACGUUGCAAAUAGAAGUAUUCACCUGCAGAGGCACUGUUUUAAUUCAAGGAACAUAACAUUCCUCUAAUUUGAAUAAACAGAUUUUUGAAAUGCAAGUAAUGAGUAAACCAUAAUAAUAUUUCAAUGCUAACCUUUAUCUAGAAGGAGGAAUCUAUUAUUUCUUAGUUAAAUUGAUUUCGAGUUAAGUCAAAGAUGAAAAUCAGAAUCGAAUAUCCAAUUUUUAUAUUAGACACUAGAUAUUUCGUAGAAUUGACCCAAUACCUUAUACAGCCUUUGGGUUUGGGAAUGCUUCCUUGAAUUGGAAUUUUGUAUCAAAUGAAGUAAUUAUUGAGAUUCCAAACUUAAUAAAAGAUUAAUAAUUUUAAAUCUAAGAUAAAUUUACAAUCUACUUUAUUGUUUAAACAUACUAACAAGAUGAGAUGUUUUGUAUUUAUGAUUCAUACCAAAAUGGAACAACUAACGAUUAACAAUAUCUUAAAAUUGUACAAUAAUCAUCUUAAGAACAGACAACUUAGGUAAAAAUGAUUGCAGAUUCAUCUAAAAUUUAUCUAAGUAUAGUUGGCAAAGUAGAAAUAGAUUAUGGGAUUCAAUAAUAUGAACUCACAUAUCCUUUUCCUACUACUGAAUUGAUUCUAGAAGAUAGGUAAAUUUAAGAGGGAGGGAUUCAGAUAAUAUACUAUAUAAUUGCAUUGUUUAUAUUGCUUUCAAUCAUAAUUCUUAUUCUUCGAUUACUCUGUAAAAAAAAGUAUAUCUAAGAUAACAGUUAAUAAAAUGCAAAGGAUUUAAACAUAGAAAUGAAUUAUUAAACAUUUAAUAAAAAAUGA